AUGGGCGCCGCAACCUCGAAGGACAUGGCCGCAGCGGUCCUGGUGCCGCUGCCGUUCGACAUCAUCAGUAUGGCGCUGCGAUUUAUGAUCCGGACACAGAGAAAGGCGUGGGGACCCGACGAUUGGGCCAUGGUAGCUACCAUUCCGGUUUGGACGGUAUCUCAAGUCGGCUUGAUCGGCAUGGCCUGGAGUGGCGUUGGUCAGCUCGACUCAACCUUGACACCAGAACAGCAGGCCAACUCUUACUUCUGGUUUUAUGUGUUUCAAGAGUUCUGGUGUUUUACCCUCGUUACCUUGAAAUGGUCUAUCGGUUUCACUCUUCUCCGUAUCGCGAACGGGCAGCGCUGGGUUCAAAUUGUCAUCUAUACGUGUUUAGCACUUGUUACAGUCUGCACUGGUGGCACUGGGAUGUAUCUUUUCUUCCAGUGUAGCCCGGUUGAGAAAAAUUGGUUCCCGCUUAUGCAAGGAACAUGCCAACCUCGUGAAAUACAAACCGCCCUCUCGUUCCUUGUUGCAGCUGUCUCAAUUUCAACCGACUGGAUCUUCGCCAUUCUCCCAUUCGCCCUCAUUUGGAGACUCCAGAUGGCGAACCGAAUCAAGGCUUCCGUCAUUGGCCUGCUCGGUCUUGGCUUCUUUGCUUCCAUCGCACCCAUCGUCCGACUCAAAUACCUUCUCCUUUUGAACGACUCGACGAAGUUCCUCCAGGGUCUCAGUAUCAUCCUUGCCUGGGCACAGGCCGAAGUCGGCAUCGGCAUGCUUGUCGCGAACCUUCCUGCUUGUCGUCCACUUCUCGAACGCGCCUUGUCUCGCCUGACAUCCUUUACUGGCUCGAAGAAUAAAUCCUCCAAGGAUCCCGCUGCAUCUGGCGCGGUCAAGAACAGCUAUUUGGAACUCGGCGAAAGGGAUCCGACUAAGAAAGGGACUGCGAACGCAAGCCGCUCCGGCGUCGAGACGAGGGUAUACGGAAGGGACAUGGAUGGCAACAGUAGUGAGAGCUUGCCCGACGACCACAGUCAGAAGCAGAUUGUCAACAAAGGAGGACUUGGUGCAAUUCGGGUCCAGCGGGAGUUUGGUAUGGAAGUUGAGAAGAAGCGCGGCGGAAACAGCAUGGUAUAG